UGGUCUAGUCCAGACACGUCCGGGUCACUAGAGGUCAUAAUGGCAGCCGUGUGGAGGUUUUACAGAAAUCACUGGAAGAAACUGACUUUUGGAGGAGCUGCCGUCGCGUUUUUAGGGAGAUAUCUGAACAACCAAUAUCAAGAAAACCUUGUAAGAAGAGAAUUUUGUGACAGAGCACAGGAAUAUGGCAAACAACCGCUACACUGUAUGGGACAGACAAGGAAAGUGGUCGUCUUCCUCAACCCAGCUGCUUGUAAAGGACAAGCACGUAAGAAGUUUGAGAAAAAUGCCGUCCCUCUGCUUCAUCUAGCUGGUCUGGAAGUCACCAUAAUAGAGACUGACUAUGAGGGCCAUGCCAAAGCCCUGGCCAGUUUCCCGGAGACCUUACAGCGCACAGAUGCAGUAGUAGUGGCAGGAGGAGAUGGUACUAUCAUGGAGGUUGUCACUGGGAUGUUGAGAAGAAGUGAUCAGUUCCAGACGAGUAAGAUCCCAAUAGGCAUCAUCCCUCUGGGAAGAAACAACAGCUUAGCCACGUCUUUGUUUGCCAGCAGAGAAUCAGAAGUCAGGUGGAUAGCAGAAUCAGCCAUGGCAGUUAUCAAGGAGCUGACCUGUCCAGUAGAUGUCAUGAGAAUACAGCCUCUACAGGAUGAGAACAGUAAGCCAGUAUUUGCCACUCUUGGAAUACGAUGGGGAGCCUUCAGAGAUGCUGAACAAAAUCUGGACAAGUACUGGUACAUGGGACCCCUGAAGCAGAGAUUUGCAUACAUCAAAAGAUUAAUGAAGGACUGGCCAUCUGAAGUGAGUGCAGUUCUGUCCUACAAUGUACAACCUGUGGAGACAGUAAGAACGAAGGACCCUGAACCUGAACCUGACACCAGCUGGUGGGCGUGGCUCUGGCCUUGGAGAUCAACACAGAAGGUCAUAAUAGAACCAGAAGAAGAUCCAAAUGAAGCUGUAAUGCCAGACUCCUGGGACACAGAGAGAAGAGUAUCUGCUGUGGAGUUCACGGCAUCUACUACAAACACUACUACUUCAAAGGAAAAGUGCAUUGUAGUGAGCUCAAGUCCAAAGCUCUCAAGGGAAGAUUUUGUCAAUUUGGGGGACUUGAGUGCAAGUACUAAGACUCCUCCCCAAGAUGUGCCUGGACAUGACUGGUCCAAGGUGCAGGUUGAUGCAUUCCAGUUAGAACCACAGAUUCCAGAGGGCAAGGAAAGCUGGUUCAGCAUUGACAAUGAACCCUACGAGGUGAUGCCCAUCAAGGUCAAGAUUCUUCCAAACAAACUCAGGUUCUUCUGCAAUAAGGAGGAGAGACUGGCCUCAUCACAGCCACUGUAACAUUGGGGGAUAACAUAGGAUUACAAUACAAUUCCAAUGUUCUAAAAUGUUGUAACUUGUUACUUGUAAAAGUGUGUGUUGAUCCCGUUAACCAAUGGUUGAUGGUUUCAAAUUCCUUCUGUACAUGUACAUGUAUGUUGUACAGGAGUAUCUGCUGUAAACCUAACUGACUCUUAUAUAUACUGGAAAUAGUUUGACAUCCAAAUUCAUAGUCAUACUCAAGGAUACGACUUUCAAACUGGUACUGAAAUGUAUUUGAAUUUAUUACUUUCAUCCACCUAAUUUUCACCAAAUACAAAUGUAGUUCACAUACAUGUAAAUGCAAUAAAAUAAUUCCUUUGUGGUUCACAGUGUAAUAAAGGUUGUUACAGUUCAUUCUUGGA